UGUUAAACCCCCAGCACUACAAGAACCAGCUAAAUAUAAAUAUGUUGUAAAAGAGAAGAAAGGUGGUGCCAUGUCUACUGUCAGAUGCAGUGUUAUCAGUCGUAAGAACCGCGUAUAUACAAGAGAUAAGAAUAAGUUAUAUUUGAAAUUACAUUGUGAACCUGUUGAUGGAGUGUGGAAGGUCAAGGAUGAGAGUAAAUUGAAAUUCAAGUUGAAUUCCUGCAAGUUUGAUCAGUUUUACGCUGGACCAAUGCCAACAUUUGAAGUUUCUAGUCAAAAGAAAAAGCCGGCCAGUAAAAAAUCAGACGGCAAACCUGGUACAGAGGGGUCAGCAUCGAAGAAAUCCAAAACAAAGGACAAGAAACCAGAUCCUGCUAAACAUAACAAAGAAGAAGAAAAAAAGAAAAUAACGACAUUUGAUAAAUGGCAGGAGUCUUUGAAACAUGUGACGUCUUUAUCCCAAGUUUACUUAUAUUUAUCUACGUUCGAAAAGAGCGUCAUGUGGGACAAAUCGGCUCUCCAUGCUCGCUGUCGAUUGUGUCGUAAAAAAGGCGAUGCUGAACGUAUGUUACUAUGUGAUGGAUGUGAUAGAGGUCAUCAUAUGGAUUGUUUGAAACCACCUAUAAAGAGCAUCUUGGUACUGAAUCCGUUGUGUUGCCCGCUGUGGUUUUGA